AUCGCUAAAAUAAAAUCGUCGAGAGAAACCAACCUUUUUCCUCUCCUCUACCUCUCAGCUUCUGCUGGAUCUCUCCAGCAAACGAUCUUGUUUGGAGAGAUUCGUAGGGGACCGAUCGAUCAAGGCUUCUCGGGCAAACAGAAAUGGACCACGACAAGACAGGAUGCCAAAGCCCACCUGAAGGUCCCAAGCUAUGUGUCAACAACUGCGGUUUCUUCGGAAGCGCUGCCACAAUGAACAUGUGUUCAAAGUGUCACAAGGCUAUGUUGUUUCAACAAGAGCAGGGGGCUAAGUUUGCAUCUGCAGUGUCUGGAAUAUCAUCAUCGACCAACAUCAUGAAGGAAACCCUUACUGCUGCGUUGGUUGAUGGCGAAACCAAAUCUGUCGAGCCGAUGGUUGUCUCUGUACAGCCAUCCUCUGUCCAAGCCGUUGCAGAGGUAAUUGCACCAGAAGAAGCUGCAAAGCCAAAGGAAGGACCAAGCCGAUGUACAACUUGCAAUAAACGGGUAGGCUUGACUGGAUUCAAGUGUCGCUGUGGUAACCUCUUCUGUGGGACACACCGGUAUGCAGACAUACAUAACUGCUCCUUCAAUUACCAUGCUGCUGCGCAAGAAGCUAUAGCUAAAGCAAACCCGGUUGUGAAGGCAGAGAAGCUUGACAAAAUCUGAAACUCGAAACUCUGUUUUCAGGUACACCGUAUGUUUCCUUUAUCCUGUCUGUGUCUGGUUCAAGGUGUCUCUCAUGUUAAAAAAAGGGUUUUACAUAUGGUCGAACGAACAAAAGCGUGGGUUGAUCUUUAGCUUCUUCCAUCUCUCUGCAAUAUUUGUGGUGUGAAAGUUUCUAUUAUCUGUGUUUGCAAGCAGAGAAAUGUGCUCUUAAAAAUGUAUGCUUUGAUGUGUUUCUCUUAUUAUUUAUGAGCACUGUGUUUAUGUUUCCCGUAUGGUCUGUAUCAUACUGAGAUUGUAUCUGUAGCUAUAUUGAAGCUUAAAUGCUUAUGUUUGUCCUUCAAUGGAGGUUUUAGGUCUCAG